AAAUAUCCUUCAUCUCCUAUAAAUACCCAACACAAAUUCUCACCUUUGCUUUUAGCUAGGUAGUAAAAAACAGAGAUCACACACAGAGAAUGGCUUUGAAUUGGCUUCUUCAUGCUGCAUGCACUAUAGUUCUUGGCCACUCUGCUGACAUGAACACCCCACAGGACAAGAGCAUUAGAACAUGCUUGACUGGAAAGAGCACCCAAGAAAAUAUUUCCAAGAGUUCAGAAAGUGCCGAGUGGAUGGCUUCCCAGAUGGAGAGUUGCAGAGAAGAAUGCUCCGUGGAAUUCCAGAUGCCUCUCCACUAUCCGCGGUUUGCAAGGGAGGACUACGAGAAGAUGGAGGAAUGGAGGGUUGAUAUGCUUCUCAGAGAAUAUGGGAUUAGUUUCAGUGGCACUCUGGAAGAGAAAAGGCAAUUUGCCAUGGGAGCAUUCUUGUGGCCUGAAGCCUGAUCAACCUUCGAAACUCAUUGGCUUUAAGGAUGUUUACUCUCAACAAAGGUGUUUGAUGAAUUGUGCGUGUUCUUCUGUGAUGGAUUUGUCUGUUUAGCUGUGGAUUGGUUAUGGUAUUGAGAAACCUUUGUAAGGGCCCUUUGGUUGGCAUAUUUGGAGUUUUAAGCGUUUGUUUAGUUGUGAAAAAUUAUUUUCAGUUUUCUA